AUGAUUGGUGUCGUAUUUGGAUCGAUCAACUUCCACAAUUGUCUUUAUGGAGACAAAUAUGGUUCUUUGCCUAUACAGAUUGCUCUUGGACUUGCUAUCCUUUUGAUUCAAUCGAUGGCUGUUGUGUAUCGCAAUGUGUAUUCUGGAGAUAAUAUCGCGACCGAUGAGAUGAGUAUUCUCAAUGCAUUGUCUUCUUGUCAUUCGCCGACUUUACAGAAUCCAAUCAAUGCCAAUUCGCAAUUAGUUCUAUGCAUCAAUCCACUCUUAACAUAUAAACCAGAUACUCUUCCAACACCUUUGAUUACACCAAAAGCUUCGAAUUUCUUUGAUAACAAUCAUUCUCAUGAACUUCUUCAACGACUUCGCGACCAAAAAUCUCGACUAAUUCAAUUCUACGAUACAGAAAUCGAUCGUCGACAACCAUCUUCCCAUUUAUCAACAUUUCUCAAUCAAAUCGAUCAACUACUAAAUGAAUACCAAAGUCGAAACACCACCAAUGCGAUUACCAAUGAACCAACUAGGCCGGUCGAUGAUGAAUCUUAUUCGACGUAUUUUCCUGAUGGUACGUCCUUUGAUGAUUCUGACGAAAUCGAUGUAUGUAACGUUCAAGAAAAAGCAACAUUCGAUCAAAGUAAUGAGAAGAGUUCGUACACCGACUAUGAUGACCACUCCUACUCGAAACUCAGUCGAAAUCAGAAACAUUCAACGAAAAAAUCGACUAUUCUUCAACUAAAACGUUAUAAAUACGAAGGAUGUUGUCCAUUGACAACACGUACUUAUGGUCUUGAUUCACAAAAACAUGGUAUACGCCAUUUUCCUUGUACACGCGUCACAGCACCAAUCAAUCUCUAUAAACAUUUAAUUCAAUACCAUCAAUUAACUCAUUCACCAGCUAUGCAAAUCGUUCGUUUACUUGCGGAUGACAACGAAGAAGGUGACAUUGAUUUAUUUUCAUCGAAAGCGAACAGUUUAAUUGCCACGCAUCCAACAGUAUAUCGUGCUAAAUGUCCAUUGAAUGAAUACGGCAAGUUUGGUAUAACUGCAGAACACAAGAUUCGUCUAUGUACUCAGCCAAAUCAAACCGUCGGUGCGCCAUCCGUACCGCCGAAAGACGUGUGUUUAUAUGAUCAUUUUGUUGUUUAUCAUCAAAUGAAACGUUCCUGUGCUCAACGUUUAGCUGAAGCAAUUGUAAAAAACAAAGUCGAACAAGUCUUUCGUCCCGACGAAGAAUUACUCAAUGAUACCUUUUACGUUCAAUGUCCACUUCGACAUCCGAAAUCGAUCUGUUGGAAAUCUCCCAUAUCCACACGUCAUAUGGGCCAACACUUAACCGGCAUUCACAAACUUGAUCGUGCAGCACGACGUCAAAUAAUGCUCACAUUACGUAAACAACCAUCAGCAUCCGUAUCUGAUGAAAAUUAG